AGAAAGAAGAAAUGGAAGCAGCAAUGGGAUUGAUGAGAAGAAUUGCACCAAAGCAUACUGAAACUGCACUCUCUGCUUUGCUAUCUCUAUUGCCUCAUCACUCUUCAGAUCUCCUUUCUCAAGUUGAUCAACCUCUUCAGGUCUUGUGCGAUAUUGACUCCGGCAAAGAGUUCAUACUCUGUGAGUACAACAGAGAUGCCGACUCCUAUAGGUCUCCUUGGUCAAAUAAGUAUCAUCCACCAUUAGAAGAUGCGCCUCAACCUUCUCCAGAACUGAGAAAACUUGAGGUUGAAGCAAAUGAAGUCUUUGCUAUCUAUCGUGACCAGUACUAUGAAGGUGGCAUCUCAUCAGUUUAUAUGUGGGAAGAUGAAAAUGAUGGUUUUGUUGCUUGCUUUUUAAUAAAGAAAGAUGGCUCCAAGACUGGACAUGGUAGAAGGGGUUAUCUCCAGGAAGGAGCCUGGGAUGCCAUCCAUGUUAUUGAGGUGGGACCAGAAGAGGAAGACAUUGUCCAGUACUGCCUGACUAGUACAGUGAUGCUGACCUUGACUACAGACAAUGAGUCAUCAGGCUCAUUCAAUUUGUCUGGAUCAAUUAGAAGACAGAUGAGUAUGAAGCUCUCUGUCUCAGAGGGUCAUCUGUGUAACAUGGGAAAGAUGAUUGAAGAGAUGGAGGGUAAGCUGAGAAACUCCUUGGAUCAGGUAUACUUUGGGAAGACAAAUGAAAUGGUUUGUACUCUGAGGCCACCCGCUGAACUGGUGCAAAUGAAAUUGCCCGACUCUUGAGAUUUGUUAUUUCUUCCUUUUCUGCUGGGUGCUUGUGUAAACCUUGGUUUGCUUCCAUAUGUCACAGGGUAGUGGUUGUGCUUGAACAGUAUUCAUUUAAUUGAUAACUGAUAGUAUUAUGUCACAUUGAGUCAAGUUCACAUUUACAGAGCGCUUAAAUGUCCUUUAGACUGUCUGAAAAUGUUUCAUCACUUUUCUUUAAAAUGUGGGUUAUCGUACGAAUUUAUUUCUUCAAGGAC